UCUUUGCUUACGGUCCACAGUUUGCACUCAUUUCGGCAUCUGCUUCAUUUUUUGGCCAUCUGAAGCAUUUCUUUCUUUCUUUUUUUUAUGACAUCCGUGGGUUUACAUCACUUGGAUUCCUCUCUACCAUCAUCAGCUCCAACUGCUCGGUCAGUGUCAGUGCUUGCUGGAAAGCACACUCAACCGUACUAUAUAUCUUCCAGCGACCACACACACGGGCAUUACAAUACAGGAUCGAGUUCAAUGAUGGCACCUGAUCAAACCCGACCUCGGUCUGCAUCUAGCAGUUCAAAAGCGCUUCUAACCAGAGCCUUGGUGGAAGCCCAGUCUGCCGUCCAACUCGACAAUGCCAAUGAUAUCCCUGCAGCGCUUGAGGCAUAUAACCGUGCUGUAGCCUUAUUAAGCAAGGUCAUGGAUGCUAGCUCUUCACCAGAAGAACAGGAACGCUUAAGGACGAUUCACGAUUCGUAUUUAUUCAGAAUUCAUCUCCUAUCAACCCCGCCAGCCCCAGCGGCGGCUCCUACCACGCCAUAUCCUCAGCACAACACCCCACCGAUACCGCAACCUCCUCAGCAACCUCUCCCGCCCGCACCACGCCAAACAACUCCAUUACGCUCUGCUGGCAUUUCAUCAUCUUCUUUAGGUUCUUCGUCCAGUAGCAGCUCCUCUCAGCACCACAUAGAGGAUUCAGAUAACACUACAAGAUCUAGCUCCGCUGCAAAGGUACCUCCUCCGCGUCGCAUCAGGAAACAUGUACCUGUUCCUCUUCACCCAUCUUCGAUGGCGAAUUCGGGUAUUCAUCCCCCCUUGGAACCUCGCACACCACGCCAGCGUUCAGAUUCAACAUCUGCCAGUGAGCAUGGUACAUCUUCUGGACAUACCCGACACCAUACACGAUCACACACAGGAGGAUCAACCCCUCGCAUGACAGGAGAUCUUGUUUACGCAGCAGAACAGCUUCAGAUCCAGGCUCAACAGCGUCUGUUAGGCCCUUCAAAGAUCAGGAGUCGAGAUCAUCUCGGUGUUCCAAUGUAUUCAGCCCCGACGGUACCUUUACCACCUACACCGACAGCUCUUGGCCCACCACCCUCUACCCCUCCACCUGUACCAGUGUUUUCACAGGGGCAGGGAUCUACAAUGUCGACUCCUACCCAUUCAAAUCCUCCAACACCCAAUAUGCCUGGAAACCAAACCUUCCUUACAUCUUUGCCUUCUUCACCGCCGCCCAAAACAUCCCUUCCACCUGGACCUCCGAACAUAAUUUCACCUCCAGGAUCCCCUGCCAACACUUCUCGAAGGAUUUCCCCUUUGGUUCCAGCUUCAACUCUAUCAGGACAACAGUUACAGUCAAGUCAACGCUCGCUCCUUUCACCAUCAGAGAACUCGCCAGAUGAUGAAAAGACACAUGGGGCAAUUCUCAGCAGAUUCUAUGACGAUGAUCUUGUCUCAGAUGAAUGGCUCCCUAACCUAUCUUCAAGUAGCUUUUCAACAGCAGAAGUAUUAGAUCAUUCUUCAGAAGACCCGUACCCUCGUGAACGAGUUAGUUCGAAGGGAUCUUAUACUUUGAACCAAGUAGAGCAGAUUAGAUCUAAAUCAGCACAAAGUCUCAACACAGUACAGGAGGUACAUAAAGCAGGAGGAGAUACAUUGUCAUCUCAACAACGACAACAAAUAUCACAGCAUCAGAGAUCAUUUUCCCAGUCUUCAAAUCUCUCAGCUCAUCAAUCAACAGCAUCGCAAUCGAGAUCGCCUCUGUAUAAUGUUCAACAAGCAGCUUCAUCCAUCAGCUCACUACAUGCUCUCGAAAGCGCCACCAACAAACGGAUCUCUGAUUCUUCUCGUUCGUUGAAGGAAGGUAGCCCAUUAGCGCGAUCCUCUGGGGGCUCUGGCGUCACAAACGGAGUAGGAGCUGGCAGCUCAUCUUCCUCACUUUCAUCCUUACCAGGACAAUCUUCAGUUACGCGACCAGCAGUCCUCCAACAUCAACAUAGUAGCUCCAAGCUGAGUACAACGCUCUCCAAUUCUACCUCAGCCUCACCAACGCUCGAUAAGACGUGGAGCCCUAGUCUGAAUGGCAGUACUCAUAACCAUGGUUCCUCAGGAGGCAUGACUCUGUAUGAUGUGAUUUCUGAUGAUCCAUUCGCGGGAAUGAGCUUUCCUCUUCCACCUCCUUUUGUAGAGCCUCCACCCACAGAUCCACAUCUACGUUGUUUUUGGCUUAUGCGCAAACUGGAGCAGACCAUGACAACAGGCGGGUUCCUUACCAAGCGCAUGUAUGUUCCACGUGCUAUCUGGUAUCAGUCCUUGGUUCGCCUACCUGCAGCAGGCAUUAAAAUAGAAGCUUGUCGAACUCUGUAUGAUCGCUUUGACGAGAUGGCCAAACAGUCACAAAAUGGGACAUUGAACCUAUUGGUGGAGGGCGGGCCCGAGGUGGAUGCUGAGCGGAUGGCGAUCCUUAAAGAACUUGAAAGCUUGGAGGCAACGGCGCAUAGUGUCCAGUCCAAACUGAGUAAGAAGCUGUCAUUCAUCAAUCGACCAGGCAAAAAUGGACUCAACCUCACUAUUACAACAAACCAGGGUUAUCAGGAAGAUAUGCAAGGCCCUGUAACGGGUGGAACAGCGAGUCUGUAUGGGGCAGCGAGUCUUUAUGGCACGGACAGCUAUAAUUGGGGGAAUGGAGAUGAGCCGCCUAUGCCAAAUUCUGAAAAGACUAGCAAGAAAGGAGGUGUGUCCGUGGGCGGAAGCACUGCAGACGCUGGUUCUGGUGGACUGAAAAGUCAAUGGAAGAGUUUAUCAAAGACCUUUCAAAAAAUUGGAAACGAUAAAGUGGAGGACACAUCAGCUUAUACGGAGAAUGUUGUCCACCUUUUCCAGUCAAGUUAUAUUCUGGAGUCCAUGUUACGUCAUUACAACGCCCAUUCACAUUAUCAUGUUCAUCUCCAGAUUGUAAACCGGUUACGUCGUCUAUGCGACGUUCUAAGUCAAGUGAUUUGUGCCUUUGUGGUUCGCGACCUUGGCGAGCUGAUGGGCAAAUACGUAAAACGCGUUGGAGCCUGGGUAGCUGAUUAGAGUUUUAAUAGAAAUUAUAAAAAAAAAAACCAGCCAUUCUUUUUU